AUGCCCCCAGACCACCCCCAAGUCACCACCUCCAGAUCACCUCCAGACCACCUCCAGACCACCACCUCCAGACCACCUCCAGACCACCUCCAGACCACCUCCAGACCACCCCCAGACCACCCCCAGACCACCCCCAGACCACCUCCAGACCACCUCCAGACCACCUCCAGACCACCUCCAGACCACCCCCAGACCACCACCUCCAGACCACAUCCAGACCACCUCCAGACCACCUCCAGAACACCCCCAGACCACCUCCAGACCACCUCCAGACCACCCCCAGACCACCUCCAGACCAUUACCCCCAAACCACCCCCAGACCACCUCCAGACCAUUACCCCCAAACCACCUCCAGACCACCUCCAGACCACCCCCAGACCACCUCCAGACCAUUACCCCCAAACCACCUCCAGACCAUCUCCAGACCACCUCCAGACCACCACCUCCAGAUCACCCCCAGACCACCUCCAGACCACCACCCCCAGACCACCUCCAGACCACCUCCAGACCACCACCCCCAGACCACCUCCAGAUCACCUCCAGACCACCACCUCCAGACCACCCCCAGACCAACUCCAGACCACCACCUCCAGACCACCCCCAGACCACCACCUCCAGACCACCACCUCCAGACCACCCCCAGACCACCUCCAGACCACCACCUCCAGACCACCCCCAGACCACCACCUCCAGACCACCACCUCCAGACCACCUCCAGACCACCUCCAGAUCACCUCCAGACCACCACCUCCAGACCACCCCCAGACCACCUCCAGACCACCACCUCCAGACCACCCCCAGACCACCACCUCCAGAUCAUCUCCAGACCACCUCCAGAUCACCUCCAGACCACCACCUCCAGACCACCUCCAGACCACCUCCAGACCACCUCCAGACCACCACCUCCAGACCACCUCCAGACCACCUCCAGACCACCUCCAGACCACCCCCAGACCACCACCUCCAGACCACCCCCAGACCACCACCUCCAGACCACCUCCAGACCACCUCCAGACCACCCCCAGACCACCACCUCCAGACCACCUCCAGACCACCACCUCCAGACCACCUCCAGACCACCUCCAGACCACCCCCAGACCACCACCUCCAGACCACCUCCAGACCAUCCCCAGACCACCCCCAGACCACCACCUCCAGAACACCCCCAGACCACCACCUCCAGACCACCUCCAGACCACCACCCCCAGACCACCUCCAGACCACCCCCAGACCACCACCUCCAGAACACCCCCAGACCACCUCCAGACCACCUCCAGACCACCCCCAGACCACAUCCUUCUACCACAUCCAGACCACAUCCAGACCACCUCCAGACCACCUCCAGACCACCUCCAGACCACUCCCAGACCACCACCUCCAGACCACAUCCAGACCACCUCCAGACCACCUCCAGACCACCUCCAGACCACCACCUCCAGACCACCUCCAGACCACCUCCAGACCACAUCCAGACCACCUCCAGACCACAUCCAGACCACCUCCAGACCACCUCCAGACCACCCCCAGACCACCACCUCCAGACCACAUCCAGACCACCUCCAGACCACCUCCAGACCACCUCCAGACCACCCCCAGACCACCACCUCCAGACCACCUCCAGACCACCUCCAGACCACCACCUCCAGACCACCACCUCCAGACCACCUCCAGACCACCUCCAGACCACCCCCAGAGCACCACCUCCAGACCACAUCCAGACCACCUCCAGACCACCUCCAGACCAUGUGGACAUGA